ACAUACAAACUUGGAACUCAGUUUAGCAACAGAGAAGAAGAGAGAUUUGAGUUUUUGAAGAAGUCAUGGAUAUGUCGGGAAGAAGCUUGACUUGCGUUGUCGUGGCGGUAGAUGGAAGCCAGGUGAGCAUGGAAGCUCUGAGGUGGGCACUGGACAACCUCAAGCUCUCAUCGUCUUCUUCCGAGUCAUCAUUUGUUGUCCUACAUGUCCAGCCUUCGCCUUCUGUUGCUGCAGGCGUUAGCCCCGGCACUAUACCUUUCGGUGGUCCCAGUGGUCUAGAGGUUCCUGCUUUCACCGCUGCCAUCGAACAACAUCACAAACGGAUCACAGAUACUAUCAUGGAUCACGCUCGUCUGAUUUUUGCAGAUAGAUCGGUGAAUGUGAAAACGCAAGUGGUGGUUGGUGAUCCUAAGUAUAAGAUUUGCGAGACUGUUGAGAAUUUGCACGCUGAUCUGCUUGUCAUUGGUUCUCGGGCUCAUGGCCGCAUUAAGAGGAUGUUUUUGGGAAGUGUAAGCAACUACUGCAGCAACCAUGUGCACUGCCCUGUUGUUAUAAUUAAACCCAAGGGGGAUUCUUCUGAAUAAUCAGGAGAUAUGUACAUAUGCAAAGGGAUAUCAAAUCCAUCUGUGUGAGUUUGUGAACUAUGUGAAGCUAUGGAAGCAGAAAAGCAAAGAAUCCACCUUCUUACUUCUUAAAGCAUUAGUGUGAAUGUAAAAAUUAAUAAGAGCUAUAGAAACAUUGGUUG